AACUUAUCAAUGAUAGCGAGGAUAAUUCAAGAAAAUAAAUAGUAAAAAUGCAAUUGAGUGACCACACAAAUUAAAACCCAACUCAUUUUCCUCAACUCUUUCUUCAUUCUUUCACUUUUUUUCUCGUGUUGACAAGAUCAUGUUAAUUGAACCAAGGAGAGAGGGGUGCAGUUUUCUGUGAUUGACAAUCCUAUUGUUGUCGAGUUGCUCAUUCUCCGGGAGGCUAUUCUAUGGUGUCUGGCGAAUGGGUUCAUGGAGACAAGGUUCGAAGGAGACGCCAAAGUGGUUAUUGAUAAAAUCAAUCAGGCUGAUUCUCGCGAUAAUCGAAUAUGAACCACCAUUGAGGAGGUCCUGGGUUAUUUGGCAAUUCACAAUGGGUGAUAACGAAGUAAUUGCACAUGUUUGCGCCCCUAGUUCUUAUCCGUUUGAGGGGCAUAUUCGUGUGUUGUGGCCUAUUUUAUGCUAGGUUGUGUUCCUUUGUCCCAUUUCAGGUCCUAGCACAUAAAGUGAAGCAUAGGCGCAAGUUUCAAGUCAAUCAGAGAUCAAUUGACGAUUCGAGAGAGGAAACUCGGGCAUGACCUGAAGAAGAAUGAAUUUCUACCUCACUUUAUGGACAAAGAAGCAUGCAAGCUUGUUAUGAAACGAAAGAGGAUGAGACUACGAGCGUCUGGGAUCAAACGGCGACUGAUUCGGAGUACGGACGAGGGAGAAACGAAGCAUUAAACAGAGGCUGAGCAAGCUGCACGGGCAGACCAGGGAGGCUGCACGGCCGUGCACGUGAGCAAUAUGGCCGUGCGCCUUAUGCCGAGGACACGCACGGGCAACCCCUGAAGCUCGCACGGCCGUGCACCCUGGCCGUGCGAGAGGGCUGAAGUUCGACUAAAUGACACGCUGCGUUUUGAGUUGCACGGCCAGAAUGGUGAUAUGCACGGCCGUGCACCCUGGCCGUGCGAGUCGGGAAAUCUGGUUUUAAGCCAAAUUCCGAACCAAAGGAGAGAGAGCUGGCUUUUGGAUCCCAAACACCCAAGGGACGUACCAAAGAGAGAGAGGGCGAUUUGAGGGCAUUCUUGGAGUGGAGUUGGAGGAUUUCUUCGCCUUGGAAGCUCGAGGAACAAGCCCGGACUUGAAGACUGAUCAUCUGAAGAUUCUUACUGCAGUCUCUCUCUUCUCUAUGGAGUAACUUCCCUUCACUUAGGUUUUGAGGAACCGUAGCUAUAUUUGUUUGAUUGGAUGAUUGUAUGAGUACUCUGACUUGAUAAUCUUGAGUUCAUAUUCAAUCUAUGCAUGUUUUCAUGAUUCAAUUCUGCUUUAGUCGAGAUUAUUGAUUCUGCUUUGAUCCUAUGAGAGGGAAUACCUGAUUAGGUCAAUAGAGCACCAUAGAUUGAUAGUAGUGGAUCGAUUGCUUUAGUCGAGGGUUGAUUCACUGCUUUGUAUCGAUUGAGAACCUCUUUCGAUAGAGGGAGUCUAGUUCAGAACGCCUUGAUCAGUUGUUCUAGAGAAGGAUACGUCCCUCUAGGCAAUUGACUCAAGAGGGCCUUGUUCCUUUAGUCGAGACUCAAGGUCUAGUCAAGGAUUCUCCGCAUUGUGAAUGAAAGUGAAACAGGUUAGAGAUCAUCAAUCAUUAAUCUGGCUAGUGGCUAGGGGGAAUCAUACCUAAGUGAGUUCCCAACCUGUAAUUAGAUUAACUUUAACUGUAGUUUGCUAGAGUAGUUUUAGUUCUUUCGUCUUAAUCUGAUUUGCUAAAUAAUAAACUGAAGCUGAGUAAUAGUAACUCUAGAGACCCGUGGAUUCGAUAUUUAUCACUUGAGCCACUAUACUGCAGUCCCUUCCAUUGGUUACACUUGGCCAUUGUUAGGUGUUGUGUUUUAGAGCAUCAAGUUUUUGGCGCCGUUGCCGGGGACUUUCUAGAGUAUUAGGAAAGGCAGAAGUUUGUUACUUUAGCGUUUUUCGUUUCUUUUCUUUUCCACCCUUGCUUUUCACUUGGGUGUUUUUGUUUUUGUUGGUGCAGAUCUGAAUCAUGGAUCCUCAUGGCUUCUCCAAUCAUUGGGGGUAUCCACCACCAUCUGGGUGGUAUUACCCCGAGACUCCCUGGAGCAAUCAAGGCGGAGAAGACUAUGGAUUCGGGUUCCAGUACCAACCCCCUUACUACGGAGAACAACCGGACCCCUGGGCAUAUCAAGAACAACCUCAUUACCAAGAAGAAUUUCUCCCACAACCAGAAGGGCCAUUGGAGCUGGAGUUACCCAUGGCGGCCUUCACGAGCCAUUCUGCAGAGCCAUGCUACACUCCACAGCCAGAUCCACACUAUGAUUUGAGGCUUCUCAUGGAGAGAUCAUGCUCCAGUAUGGAUCAUUGUGUCCAGGCCUAUCGUGAAACAGAGGGGAUCCUCCUGAGCCUUAAGAAGAGCGUCGAUGAUCUUGAGCGAUCUUGGGCGCAACCUGCUCCAGAUCACCCUUCUGCUACCAUACAAGAAGAUGAGGAGGAAGAAGAAGGCUACAAGGACAUUGUGGAGCACACUGAAGUUGUCACGGAGAGCUCCCGUGAUGAUCAUGAUCAGGAGUGUCCUGUCGUAGCCGACCAAACCUUCCCACACCCCAAACUGAGCUUUGAAGAGGCGAGCAUGAGUGAGGAGAUGCAAGAAGAUCUCAUGAAAGAAAUUGCUUGGCAACUUGCUCUCCAAUCCGUGCUAGAAGAAGAAGAGCAAGAAAGGGUGCAGAAAGAAGUUGUGGAGGAUGACGAAAGUGAAGCAGGAGGAGUUCUUGAUCAUUUCCCAGGGGUGAUUCCACAUGAAGAAGGAAGGGAGGUUGAAGAAGCAAUUGGCGUCCAGGCUGAGGACGGAGUUAAGGUGGAAGAGGCCUGCACUGGCCAUGAGUUACAUGUGAUAUCUCCACCAAACCUCGAGGAACUGCUUAGCAAGGACCCAUUUGCAGUGUCUCUUUGCCAGACCAAGGCCACCUCGACAUCGGUCCCUCUUGGUGGACGCGAUGGUGGCCAAUCGAUGUUGUCAUAUCUGGUUUGGGGCAAUGAGACGAGAGAAGAGAAGAAGAGGUCUCGAGGGUGGAGACUUCAUCUGCAUCAAGUACAUGAGCCUUCAUCACCUGCCACACCACAUGCUCAUGACUUGAGACUCCACCUCAUCGACGAGAACCUCAACUUCAAGGAGGUUCUAGCAUGGACCGAAACUUAGGAGCCAUCGUCCGGCUCACGACGUGAAAGAAGCGCUUGUUGGGAGGCAACCCAACCAGUCGGUUUGCAUUUCUUUCUCUAUUUCUCUUCGGUUGAGUCAGUUAUGUUCUUUGAUUUUAGAGUCAAUAACUCAACCUUUGUGAGAUUUUGUGUGGUGUUUGUGUUCUGAUUACUCUCUCUUCCUGGAAUGCACUGCCUGACCCGUACAUCAUCAUUCACCCUUGAUCUGGUAACUUCGUUCUACCCCCCUUAUCUUUCCUCCAUUGAGGACAAUGUCGUGCUUAAGUGUGGGGGGGGGGUGUUUGAUUAUGUAUGCGGGUGAAUGUUUGGCUGUUUGUGUGCUUGGAGCCUAGUCCACUGUCCAAAUUUUUAAAUUUGAGGGCUCCAAGUACGUGUUCCAUGCAAUUGCCUGCUCAGUAUGCUUUGAAUUGACAGUCUUUACAGUAAUAUGCAACCUAGGGAGGUAGUGUAGCACUAUGGAGGAUGUUGAUGCAUUUAAGAAGUCUCAUUUCUUCUUCAUAUAAAGUUGGUUGAUUGAGUGAAUUAGUGAUCUUAGGACCCUUGAAUUGUGUGGUGUUGUGGAUUUUCUACCUGUCAUGGACUCUUGUAUCAUGUUUUGAAAAUAACAGGUGCUCGAAAAUGUGCUUCAAAAUAAACGUCUCCCGUGCGAAUAGGGCGAAAGUGUGUAAGGGGAGACGGGAAUCCGUUCCCAAUUUCCACCUACUACCUCCAGCCCCCUUACAUGUCUUUCCCCCGCACGAGGCUCGAGACAUCCGCUCCUGGCAUGGCCGGUAAGAGCAGGUUGGGACCCUUGAAAAGAAAAAAAGAAAAGAAAAAUAACAGAAAACAAGCAAAACAGAAAAAAGGGGUUCCAACCAUCUUCAAAGAAAAUCGAGCACCUUGAAAAAUGUGAGUCCAUGAUCUUUUGUUUUUGAGAAUCUCUUCAUCCACAAUUCAUUUGUCCUCUGUUCACUGUUUGCCAUGAUGCCGACUGACCGAAGAAGCUAUGAGAUGACUUGUGCGUCGGUUGACCUCGUAAGCUGCUAAAUGAUCUAGGAAGUCCUCUACCUACGAUCUAGGUUGUUUUUUUCUAUAGAGGUCUGGAGAGUUGCAUUGGUUUGAGUUAGGUUUGCUUGGGGACAAGCAAACGGUUAAGUGUGGGGGAGUUUGAUAACGAUGUAAUUGCACAUGUUUGCGCCCCUAGUUCUUAUCUGUUUGAGGGGCAUAUUCGUGUGUUGUGGCCUAUUUUAUGCUAGGUUGUGUUCCUUUGUCCCAUUUCAGGUCCUAGCACAUAAAGUGAAGCAUAGGCGCAAGUUUCAAGUCAAUCAGAGAUCAAUUGACGAUUCGAGAGAGGAAACUCGGGCAUGACCUGAAGAAGAAUGGAUUUCUACCUCACUUUAUGGACAAAGAAGCAUGCAAGCUUGUUAUGAAACGAAAGAGGACGAGACUACGAGCGUCUGGGAUCAAACGGCGACUGAUUCGGAGUCCGGACGAGGGAGAAACGAAGCAUUAAACAGAGGCUGAGCAAGCUGCACGGGCAGACCAGGGAGGCUGCACGGCCGUGCACGUGAGCAAUAUGGCCGUGCGCCUUAUGCCGAGGACACGCACGGGCAACCCCUGAAGCUCGCACGGCCGUGCACCCUGGCCGUGCGAGAGGGCUGAAGUUCGACUAAAUGACACGCUGCGUU